AUGUCUUCGAGAGACGACCCAGAAGCUAGGAAGAAAGCGGAAGAAAAAGCUAAAGCGGAUAGAAAAGAGAAAUACGAAAAGAAGUUGAAGGUAGAUCCUACGACUGAAGAAGCAGAGGUUAACCCUGCUGAUUUGGCCGCUAAUUUUUUCAAGGAUGAUCAAUGGGGACCUCAAUGGGCUGUUAUUGAAUUUGACGACGACGCAUGUUUGAUGAAUGUCACAAAAGCUGGUAAAGAGAAAGAUGGAUAUUAUGCACCGGCCGGAACUAUACUACCACUAGGAGCCGCCCUACCCAAAAUGACAGUAUUAAAAUACGGUGGUUUUUUCCCACCUGGUACUUCUUUCCCAGGUGGCGUUUUAGUACCUUUACACGCUAGGAUGGUUAAUAUCUUACCACAAAAGACUAAACCUGAUGGUGUCAAGUUACCUGAAGAAAGUAUUUGUUCAAUUCAAUGA